UCUAAGCUAGGAUUUACCCCGGCGGAGUCUUGGGAGGACACCAUGCAGUGCCUCGGGGUCCCGAGCUGCAGGCGGCGAAGCGUGAGCCGCUCCCGGGAGCUCUACCUGCAGGAGCAGAGUCUCAAAGUGGCUGCGCUCAAUGGGCAGAGGCUGGGGCUGCAGGAUGACCAGGACCUCCAGGCCCUUCUGAAAGGCAGCCAGCUUCUGAAGGUCAAGUCCAGCUCGUGGCGGAGAGAACGGUUCUACAAGCUACAAGAGGACUGUAAGACCAUCUGGCAGGAGUCCCGCAAGGUCAUGAGGUCCCCGGAGUCCCAGCUGUUCUCUGUCGAGGACAUUCAGGAGGUACGGAUGGGGCACCGCACCGAAGGCCUGGAGAAGUUUGCCCGUGACAUACCCGAAGACCGCUGCUUCUCCAUCGUCUUCAAGGACCAGCGCAAUACACUAGACCUCAUUGCCCCGUCAUCGGCUGACGCGCAGCACUGGGUGCAGGGCCUGCGUAAGAUCAUCCAUCACUCGGGCUCCAUGGACCAGCGUCAGAAGCUACAGCACUGGAUUCACUCCUGCUUGCGAAAGGCUGACAAGAACAAGGACAACAAGAUGAACUUCAAGGAGCUGAAGGACUUCUUGAAGGAACUCAACAUACAGGUGGACGACAGCUACGCCAGGAAGAUCUUCAGGGAAUGUGACCACUCCCAGACAGACUCGCUGGAGGAUGAGGAGAUUGAGACCUUCUACAAGAUGCUGACCCAGCGGGCGGAGAUCGACCGCGUCUUUGCCGAGGCUGCAGGAUCCGCGGAGACCCUGUCGGUAGAAAAGCUCGUCACGUUCCUGCAGCAUCAGCAGCGGGAGGAGGCCGCGGGGCCAGCGCUGGCCCUCUCCCUCAUUGAGCGCUACGAACCCAGUGAGACUGCCAAGGCGCAGCGGCAGAUGACCAAGGACGGCUUCCUUAUGUACUUGCUGUCCGCCGACGGCAACGCCUUCAACCUGGCACACCGCCGUGUCUACCAGGACAUGGACCAGCCACUCAGCCACUACUUAGUGUCUUCUUCCCACAACACCUACCUGCUGGAAGACCAGCUCAGAGGGCCCAGCAGCACGGAGGCCUACAUCCGGGCUCUGUGCAAAGGCUGUCGCUGCUUGGAACUCGACUGCUGGGAUGGACCCAAUCAGGAACCCAUCAUCUACCACGGCUACACUUUCACCUCUAAGAUUCUUUUCUGUGACGUGCUCAGGGCCAUCCGGGACUAUGCCUUCAAGGCAUCCCCCUACCCCGUCAUCCUGUCCCUGGAGAACCACUGCAGUCUGGAGCAGCAGCGAGUGAUGGCGUAUCACCUGAAGGCUAUCCUGGGGCCCAUGCUGUUGGACCAGCGCCUGGAGGGGGUUACCACGAGCUUGCCUUCCCCUGAGCAACUGAAGGGCAAGAUCCUGCUGAAAGGGAAGAAGUUUGGAGGGCUGCUUCCUGCUGGAGGGGAAAACGGGCCUGAGGCCACUGACGUGUCCGAUGAAGAUGAAGCCGCGGAAAUGGAGGACGAGACCGUGCGGAGCCAAGUGCAGCAGAAGCCCAAGGAGGAUAAGCUAAAGCUGGCGCCGGAGCUCUCUGACUUGGUCAUUUACUGCAAGAGUGUCCACUUUGGUGGCUUCUCCAAUCCUAGCACCUACGGGCAGGCAUUCUAUGAGAUGGCCUCCUUCUCUGAGAACCGUGCCCUCCGGCUGCUUCAGGAGUCAGGAAAUAGUUUUGUCCGCCAUAAUGUGAACCACCUGAGCAGGAUCUACCCAGCUGGGAGAAGAACAGACUCCUCCAACUACAGCCCUGUGGAGAUGUGGAAUGGGGGCUGCCAGAUCGUGGCUCUGAACUUCCAAACCCCUGGGCCAGAGAUGGAUGUAUACCUGGGCCGCUUCCAGGACAAUGGAGCCUGUGGGUAUGUGCUGAAACCCGCCUUCCUGAGAGACCCCAACACCACCUUCAACUCACGUGCCCUGACUCAGGGGCCCUGGUGGGCUCGGAAGAGGCUCCGUGUCCGGAUCAUCUCGGGACAGCAGCUGCCAAAAGUCAACAAGAGUAAGAAUUCAAUCGUGGACCCCAAGGUGAUAGUGGAGAUCCACGGUGUGAGCCGGGACGUGGCCAGCCGCCAGACCGCAGUGAUUACCAAUAAUGGUUUCAACCCCUGGUGGGACACGGAGUUUGAGUUUGAGGUGGCCGUGCCUGACCUUGCCCUUGUGCGCUUUGUAGUAGAGGACUAUGAUGCCUCCUCCAAGAACGACUUUAUUGGCCAGAGUACUAUCCCCUGGAGCAGCCUCAAGCAGGGGUACCGCCACGUCCACCUCUUGUCUAAGAACGGAGACCAACAUCCAUCAGCCACGCUCUUUGUGAAGAUCUCCCUCCAGGACUAAGCCUGGGGUGGGUGAGGUCCAUCCUGAGUGGGCCACGCUGUGUGCACCUUGGGGCGAGGCUGGCACUGUUGCGCCGACUUCUGGUGUGGAGCGCGAGGGCCUGGACUGCCUUUAGCUCUAAUACAUCAGCUGUGCUUCCUGCCUCUCUGGGGACCCAGGAGCAGUCCAGUCCCUGGAGUGGCCAAACUUCCGUUAGGAACAACACUGCAGCCCUCCCCCUACCCUCUAGCUGUCUUUAGGUUGUGAGUUUUUAUAAAAAUCACAAGAUAAA